UGUCCCACGCUGGUAGUGAAUAACAAUGAAAAAGCAAAAGCAAAAGCAAAACCAACCAACCGUAUCUGUUGUUUCCACUCUCCACAAAAAUCUUCUCUUCUCCUCCUCCAUUGCCGCCGCUCCUUCUCAUCUUCCGCCAUCGCUGAUUCCUGCUUCUCACACCUUUCAGAAAUGUCGAUGAGAACUGUGAAGGUUAGCAAUAUCUCAAAAGAUACUUCCGAGAGAGAUAUCGAAGAAUUCUUCUCAUUUUCUGGUGAAAUCCUUUAUGUUGAAAUGCAGAGAGAAACUGAAAAUACUCAGCUUGCUUAUGUUACUUAUGAGGAUUCCCAAGGGGCAGAUACUGCAAUACUUUUGACAGGAGCAAAAAUUGGUGAUCUCUCUGUAACAAUUACUCUGGUUGAGAAUUACCAUCUUCCACCUGAAUUUCUAUCAUCAAUCAUGGAUAAAAGGCAAACUGUUACCGGGAUUGCCCCGAACCGGGCUGAAGAUGUGGUAAGUACUAUGCUUGCCAAGGGCUUCAUCUUGGGGAAGGAUGCUAUCAAUAAGGCAAAAGAUCUCGAUGAACGACUCCACCUAACAUCGAAUGCUUCUGCGACUGUUGCUUCCAUCGACCGCAAGAUGGGCAUAACCGAGAAAAUAACUGCAGGAACAGCAGUGGUAAACGAAAAGGUCAGGGAGAUGGACGAAAUGUUCCAGGUUUCCGAGAAGACGAAAACUGCCCUCGCAGUCGCCGAGCAGAAGGCAAGCAGUGCAGGAACCGCACUCAUGAGCAACUAUUAUGUGCUAACUGGAGCAUCAUGGUUUUCAAAUGCUGUAACUGCAGUCGCAAAAGCUGCUGAAGAAGUGACCCAGAUGACCAAGGCAAAAGUCGAGAAAGCGGAGGAGGAGAAAAAGGAGAAUAUAUACCGCGAAAGAACCGGGAUCAUUAACGACUUUGCCGAGCUCCAUCUCGACGAGCCUUUACCGGGGGAGCCUGCUAUAGUUCCAGUUAAUUCACCUAGACAGUAAAUUCCGAAAUCAUAUAUGCAUGAAACGAAACCCACACUUGUGAAUUAAAUUGCUUCCCCUCAUUUGCUGUAUGAUACAAUUUCAUCUAGAGGUGCUCCAAUUACAGAGUUUACCCUUCUUUAUACAGCUCUUCUUGUUGUGGACGUUGAAAUGUUAUAGAAAUAUUACUUUUUCAAUAUUUGAUUGUAUACUGUUUCAUUUAACUUUUGUAAUUUAUAACUUAUAAAUAUAUUUCUACA